AUGAAGAAAGAUCUUAAUAAUAACCUUCGUCCUCCAUUGGAUCUCUUGGAUCCUGAGAGUUUGUGGACCUUCGAUUCGUAUGGACCUACGAUUCGUAUGGACCUACGAUUCGUAUGGACCUACGAUUCGUAUGGACCUACGAUUCGUAUGGACCUACGAUUCGUAUGGACCUACGAUUCGUAUCCCUGA